AUGACGAGAGUGGUUGCUUGCGCUGCUGCUAGCGUCCGCCAUGCAGCGAAACGCCGUCCAACAAUGAGCCAGAUUGUUCGAGCAUUUGAAGGCAACAUUUCUCUAGCUGACAUAACCGAAGGAGUUGCUUCAGAAGACAGCACUGGUUACAGCUUAGACGGGAGCUCGGAUUACUGCUCAACACAAUACAGAGAGGAUUUGAAGAAAUUCAAGAAAAUGGCACUUGAAAGCCAGACAUAUGGUAGCAGCGGUUUGACGAGCGAAAAUGGUCAGGACUUAGAACCAUCAAGCUCCUCUAGCAUCAACGAAGGAUGA